AUGGACGGCUCCUGCGCUUGCGGCGCGGUCAAGUUUACCACCCCCUCGAAGAAACCUCUCAACCUGUACCAUUGCCACUGUAUCGACUGCCGCAAGCAAUCUGCUUCUGCCUUCGGCACCUCCGCAAUCUUUCCAUUCUUCAGCAUCGAAGACCACCCCGACGUUACCUACUUCUCCCGCGUGUGUGACAGCGGGCGGCGACAGAAGUGCUAUUUCUGCAGCAAGUGCGGGAGCAGAAUCCUGCAUGCGCACGUGUUCGACGACGGAGACCCAAAAGUCGUUGCUGUGAAAGGGGGUGUACUCGAGGGCUUGGACUGGUCUGGCGGAAAGCAUAUCUUCUGCAGGACUGCGGUGGUGCCGAUUCCUGAGGGAGUGGAAAGGUGGGAAGCUGAGCCGGACUUUGCCAAAUAUGGGAAGUGA